GGCGCCACAACUACCAUGUUCAGCAAUCCGCGCAAACGAGAUUGAUAUAUUUCGGGCAAUCACGUCUGUCUAAUGGACCACCUCAGGCUCUCUCCGCGAGACGCAUUUCGUCUCCUCCUACCGAACGGUUUUGUUACAUUUCACUUUCUUCCUCGCGCUGUUACAGCGAAGUAUUUACAUGUUUGUUUCCCAUUGGUUAGUUGUAGUGAAGGUGGGGUCUGAGAGGAAGCUGUGGAAGCGCUUUGUGAAUUAAAUCAUCCGAGUUUGUGAAAGCUGUUCGUCCCGGGAAGAAACAACUGGAUUAUUUUGCCGAGAGUGUUCAAUAAACUGAGAAAUAAAACGGAGGGAAAGUACGCACGGUGCCACGUCUGGCUAAAGCGCGGACAUCUGCGUUGGAGAGCAGCUGAGGCACAAGUGUCAGCAUCAUCAAGUUUACUUACCCAGAACAGAAAGUAACCGAAGUUUCCGAAGGAAAUGCGAUUUGCGAGAACUUAAAAUUAUUAAAGGCAUGGCACGAAGGGGUCUCGGUAAAUAGCGUGACAAGGAGAGCCUUGAAUAAUGCGCUCCGGGGUGUAGACAGGGUCUGGAUUAUUAUGAGGCGCCAUGGCGUGGUGUGAUCGUGGGGUUCAGAUGUUGCUGACCACCGUGGGGGCUUUUGCGGCUUUCAGUCUAAUGACCAUCGCGAUUGGCACGGACUACUGGCUUUAUUCACGGGGUUACUCAUGCAACGCCACCAACAUCACCACGGACGAAACUCAAGCGCAGCCCAGGAAAACUAAAGGCGAUCUCACACACUCUGGGCUGUGGAGAAUCUGUUGUAUUGAAGGUAUCAACAAAGGAAGCUGUUACCGGAUCAAUCACUUCCCGGAGGACAACGACUAUGACACUGACAGCUCGGAGUACCUCCUACGUAUCGUCCGCGCCUCCAGCGUGUUCCCCAUCCUCAGCACCAUCCUGCUGCUGCUGGGCGGGCUGUGCGUGGGCGUGGGCCGCAUCUACAGCGGCAAGAACAACAUCCUGCUGAGCGCCGGCAUCCUGUUCGUCGCCGCCGGCCUGAGCAACAUCAUCGGCAUCAUCGUCUACAUCUCCAGCAACGCCGGCGACCCGAGCGACAAGAAGGACGAGGACAAGAAGAACCAGUACAACUACGGCUGGUCCUUCUACUUCGGCGCGCUGUCCUUCAUCGUGGCCGAGUCCAUCGGCGUGCUGGCCGUCAACAUCUACAUCGAGAGGAACAAGGAGGUGCGCUUCAGGGCGCGCCGGGAGUUCGCCAAGGCCGCCGCCUCCUCCUCCUCCCCGUACUCGCGCAUGCCCAGCUACCGCUACCGGCGGCGGCGCUCGCGCUCCAGCUCCCGCUCCACGGCGGGGGACCGGUCCCGGGAGACGUCCCCCGUGGGGCUCAAGAUGGCGGGCUCCGUGCCCAUGGGGGAGAUCUCCAUGUACACUCUGACCAGGGACCCCCUCAAGUCCGGCGGCACGGGCGCCUCCUACAGCCCGGACCACGACUCGGGCUUCCUGCAGGUCCACAACUGCUUCCCGAAAGACCUCAAGGACGGCAUUAACCGGAGGACCACGCCCGUAUGAGGGCCAGCUAGCUUCCGCCCGCGGCGUCGCUAACAAGAGGCCAUCAACUUAAGGCUACUGGGUCGGUUCUGUGAGAGCCAGUGCCUGACGAGAUAGAACCAAUCGGUGCGGUGCAAGGUGUCGGAUGAUCAGUAUUCAUGUGAAGGAAUUGCAAAUAGUUUCUUCCGUCUGGAAUUUUUUUUUAAAAAGGCUAUAAUGAUGUGUUGGGCGAGGUGAAGAGGCUGCGGCUAGCCUGAUUGGGCCAAAGCUGGAAUAUAACCCAUUCUAAAAUUCAGAGCAGUAGCCAAUCAAAACCCCUCCCUGCUUACACAAAGCACUUUGCUGAAAAGCUUUCCCAAUUUUUUUUUUUUACCCAAGGGGUCCAGCAAACCUGAUUUUAGUAGCAAUAUUUUUUGAGAUACACUGGAGUAUCCCCCCGUUAUUUUCAAGAUUCAUAUAACUUAGAAAUUUCGUUAACAUUAUUGCAGUAUUUAAUUUAUUGUGGUAGCUGCUGUUGGUGGUGAAUUUUUUUCUGAUGUUUUUGGUUUGUUCGUUUGUUUGCUUGUCGGAUUUUUUUUUUUUUUUUAAAGUACGUAUAGUUCGAUUACAUUUAACCCUUCAAGGUAAACUGGUGCUAACUAAAAUGUAAGUAAAGCCUGAGCCUUUACCCCAAACGUCUGCGUUUUCGACAACACCACGCCUUCGCCCCUCGUGAGCGUGUUGGAGUGAAAUACGCCGUGUUAGUGUUGUGCGAUCAGAGCCAAUGGCUGUUUUUUCACAUUCGAUGUUCCUGGCUGCCUGCCAUCUCUUUCAACAGUUCCCCAAAUUAAAUUCAGGGGUCGCGUCACCGUACCAUGAAUAUUGUCGAAAUGUGAAUCAUUCUAAAUAAUGGGCAUGUGAGUUUUAAUGUACCUGGACUUUGAACUUUGUGUUAACAUCCCUUUAUAUGGUUGGGACCACAGAUCUCUCGUCUGAAUAUAGAAUCUUGAUUUGCUCAGGGAAGCUGCAAUCGUACGUUCAGUUUAAGGCAAAAAAAAAAAAAAAGAUCAAAUAAAUUAGCCAUUUGUUAAAAGUAUCGCCAUUAUUGGUGUUUCACGUCAAUCUCAGAACGACUGUUAGUGUCACUGAGUUUUGUUUUGUUUUUGUUUGUUUUGUUUGUUUUUUUGUUGCUAAAUUUAGCCUUGUCAAAGGUAUAGGCUUUAAAUGCACAUACUUGUGGGUCCACAGUGUAGGGUGACUGACAUGAUUCAUUUGCCAUGUACAGCAAAAAAAAAAAAAUUUCCAAUACAGUGAGUUUAAAUUAGGCGAGUUCAAGUUUGAUCUCUGCCACAAUGAUAAGUUGUAAAAUGUACUAUAUUAAAUGGAUCAGAAUAGAUUAGAUCUGUUUGCUACUGCAGCAGUCUUGAGUGGCUGAUGUUAAAUUUUACAUUAACGAGGGCAUAGCGGUGAAGAGAUCAGCACAAACAUUUCAUUUGAGCAAUCUGUGUGGCACGAUUCUCUACACUGCUGCAUAAAAGCUCACAAUGUCCUCCUGUAAGACUAGCCGCUCAGAACCAUGGCCCUGGACAAACAGGUCAUCCACGCGGCUGACAUUUAGGGCAAAUGGCACCAGGUCAGUCCGGGAGAGGUGAUUGUCCGCCCACGUGUUUAUAAAUUCAGCCACACUCUAAAGCACAGGAAUCAGUUCCUGUUUCAUAAAACAACACAUUUUUCAUUGAUAAUGUCAGAUAUUUUUGUUUGUUUUUUUUGUUGUUUUUGCCAAAUUCCGUUUCCUAUAGAUGGAGGAAAAUAAGAGAAUAUUUGUCUACGGAAAUUACUUCAUAUCAGUGUCUAUCAGCUGCAGCUCUAAACCUGUGAGGCAUUAGGGAGGUCUGGCACCGUGGAGGAUUUGGAAGAGGAUGUGGGGGUGGUGGAGCAGGUGAUGGGAGCUUUUACUACACAGCCAACAACUGUUGCUUUCAGAAUUACAAGCUGAACUGUCGAUGUUCAACAAAAUGUUAGUUUAUGGAGGUGCAACCUUUUUCCGUGUCGCAAGCCCGUUGAACUGGAUCCUCAUUUAAGUGGAGAGACCUGUGGGCUUUGAGCUAAGGGCAUCCAUUUACAGUACCCUCUCUUUCACUUCAAUUCGUACAUACAUAUAUAUAUAUAUAGAGAGAGAGAGAGAGAAAGAGAGAGAGAGAGUGAGAGCGAAUUACAAGUCAAUGGAAUAAUGUAUAUAUAAAACAUAUGUUCAAAAAGACAUUUCUAAUGACAUAUGGUCGAUUCCCCAUAUAGUCAUUUCGUAAAUAAUUAUUACAUUGUGUAAAAACACAAUGAUACAUACCUUUGAAUGACUUUCUUACGGGAAACCUGUUCAGUAUCAUUUGGUCGAGAGGGGUGAAAUCUGCCAUACCGUGAUGUAAAAACAUGGCGGUAAGGCGUUAUUCCAAGACAAGCAGGAGAGAGCUCCACGCUCGUAACAGGUGUAGUGGGAGGCUUCAGACGCUCGCCUCUCUGGUGCCAGUCUGCUCUUUGCAGGUUUCCCCAAGCAGUCAGCUUGUAACACUAUCGAAGCCUCACUGCCUCACGCUCGCUGUCUGGGGGAAGAGUGUCAGAGUCCAGUGCGCUUUAACACCGGUGUUCAGGUGGACAGGCCUAACAUGAAGGCAGAUGGACUAGCCUCUGGGCAAAGAUAGUGACUGCACCUUCUGCUGAGGUAAAACGUUUCAUGCCUUAAUAGAUUAGAAAAUAGAGGUGAAAAGUAUAUUGAGGAGGAACAUUGGCAACACCAGUACAUGGAUGGAUGUAUUCAAAGCAUCCAUAUAUGCCUGUGAGCAUUCUUUUAAAUUAAUUGACAAUUAAUAGUUACAUGUAGAUUUUUAUAGCUAAAAAGGUGAAUAUUUAUUUAUAAAUAUAUGUUCUGUUCACUACAGAGUAUUUCCUUCUUUUUUUACUUCUGCAGUUUAAUGAUCAGAUUGGAUUUUUUUUUCUGACAAAAGACAGCAAACAUUCACUUUGAAUACUUUUUUUUUUACGAGUCACUGAUGUGGAUUGUUGCUAUGGCAACGUUUAAUGCAACCAAUGGCAGUCCAUAUUUCCAUUUCUAAAACAGAUGAUUGUUUUCAGUGUUUCGGUUUUGUGUCUGAGUACUGAGGUUUUAUGAAAAGGGAGUAUGUUCCUGUGAAAUAAAAGGAAAAUAUAGCUUGUGCCACUGAAGAGAAUGUUUGUGUGUGCAUGUGCAUGCAUUAGUGCGUGCGUGCAUGUGUGUGUGUGUGUGGAUGUGCGUGUGUGUGUGUGUGGAUGUGCUUGCAUUAGCGCGUGCGUGUGUGUGUGUGUGUGUGCGUGCAUGUGCGUGCGUGCAUGUUUGUGUGUGUGUCUGUACCUGCAUGCAUGCUUGUGUGUGUGUGUCUGUACCUGCAUGCAUGGCCGUGUGUGUGUGUCUGUACCUGCAUGCAUGGCCGUGUGUGUGUGUCUGUACCUGCAUGCAUGGCCAUGUGCGUGUGUCUGUACCUGCAUGCAUGGCCGUGUGCGUGUGUCUGUACCUGCAUGCAUGGCCGUGUGUGUGUGUCUGUACCUGCAUGCAUGGCCGUGUGUGUGUGUCUGUACCUGCAUGCAUGGCCAUGUGUGUGUGUGUCUGUACCUGCAUGCAUGGCCGUGUGCGUGUGUCUGUACCUGCAUGCAUGGCCGUGUGUGUGUGUCUGUACCUGCAUGGAUGGCUGUGUCUGUUUCUCUGGAUACUGCUCCAGCAUUCAUCCCUGGCUGGCUGGAGGAGGAGAUGAGUGAGUCAUGAACUGUGUCAUCGGCUGAGCCCUGCGCUGGAGACUCAGUCUGCGAUGCUCUGCUUUGGAUAGGAGCCCCAGCGAGCGAAAGCCAGAACCUAGACAUUCUAGAGGCAUGGAAAUCUUGGCUGAGAGACAUCUUGACAUAAAUGGACUCGGUUAACCCCACAAUAUAGCUCAGGUUUUACCCGGAUACAGUAGCCUGGCUGCAUCCUAGUCGGCUAGAAUACCUUCACUUUUCAACCAACUGAAGCCGGGUUUUAACCUGAAUGCCUAGACAGUAUUUCACCAACUUAUCACCCCAGAUAUGCUCACCAGGGCCUCACUGAGCAGAUCCUUCUCACAGUCACUCCUCAGUAGGAACUCAAGACUUCCAAACCUAAAUCUGACCACUCAUGUGGAAGAGUUGCCAAAAGACCAACGUCACAGGUUUGCUUUAUCAAAUUUGCAUCUGUUGAUGUUGAAAUUUAGAGAAAUUAAAUAAUAACUCAGUUCCUUAAAUGAGGUGACCAGUCGCACGACCAAGUGAUCAGCCACACGAUCGCUGAAAAUCUCUACAGAACGACAGAAACGAAUAACGGUAAUUUCAAUGGCUUUUUUUUUUUAAUUUCCCGUGGGUUUUGCCUUGAAAUUCUAUCCCUCUCCUGAAAUGGUUGGCAUUUACCUGAAUAGCGUGGGUUAAAACCUGCUGCCUCUCUUUACGCCGGUGAACAAGAGCACUGUCCUGAUCUGUCGGUCUGCACCGUUAGUCUGCCCGCCUCCUCCAGACAGGCAUGCUACGUAAACGUCGACUGCGUGCAGAAACGUCAGCUGUGUGCAAAGAGCAGGCUCGGCUUGUAUUAAUGGAAGGAGGGCAAAUAUCAGGGGUUGGCGGGGGAAGGGGAGGGGGGGGGGGGGGGCUGAGGAGAUCCCGCGGGAAUAUUAUAGCAUUAGAUAUCCAGGCACAGGAAGAAAAAAAAGAUUAAGAUUGGGACAGAGGGAAAUGAAAGCGGGGUGGGAGGGGUAAGCUGAUGACACCGCCGCCCGGCUGUCUGAUAUAAAACCCCGUCUCUGUCUGGCCUCGUACGGAGCGGCGAUGCGUGCGCAAGCCGUCGGAGCCUGGCCCCGAUGCCUCAGCUGGAUCAGACAACGCGACCGUAUGAACCGGUGAUGUGGCGCUCCGUUUGACUUUUUUGUGCCUCAGGACGGGGGGGGGUUACCUGAGGUUUUUCCCCCUCCUCUUGCGGUAUUCCAAUACGCCGGGUCACAUCCCCAUCCUGGCUGGCUUUCCGGUGCGAGCUCAACAAUGAUGACACUGCCAAAAAAAAAAAAAACCUGGCCGAGUGGUUCUCCGCCACAGUUCCGUUUUUGUAAAAAUCGUAAGGUUGCUGCGUACGGUAAUCCCUGUAAUCCUUCACAUGAUUACACGACUGGACCUUGAACUGUAUAUACUUGAAAAACAUUCAACAGUAGACGAUAAACUCCGAGCUCUUACAACAACGUAGAAUUGAAGCCUUUUUCUCUUGCACACAAGACCGGUGGUUGAUGUGGGAGAGUAGUACAAGCAAAAAAAAAAAAAAAAAAAAAAAACAAAAGAAAAA